UCACUGAAGCUGUCAGUGCAGCUCAAGCUCAAUGAUUUCGGCAAAACAAACAUUUUAUUCAAUGAAUCUAACUAAAGUGUACAAAAAAUAUUUAAUUUUUGACACGAAAGUGUGAAAACCGAUGGUCAAAUUGAAUUUAGCUGAGGAGGAACAAUGAGGUACUUCUUUAUUUAUUUAUUUUUUAUGCUGUCUUACAUUUGAAUAACUAAAUUAAUGCAAUGCCUGAUUAUUUAAGUGAUUAUAUUCUGAUUUAUUACACUAUAUUGAUGCUCAGCACACCACCGAGUGACAUUUCACCGGAAGUUUUCCAGCUGGCUUAUAUUAUUGCGGAAGUUCUAAAGAACGCUCCGUGCAGCGGAUGAAUUGGUCAUUAACAAAUAAUUGCGUUUGAAAAAUCGCAUUAUUUCGUUAUCACAGAAAAACAGCAUUUUUUGGACUGUCAGAUUAAGAUAAUAAUAAAACUUAUAAAAUAUAGAUGUAUUUUGAAUCAGAAUAGUUCAUGAUUAUUCGCUAGUUUGCUUUGUUGGAAUGCUUGUCACGAAGCAUGCAUGCAUCUCUGAAUGAAAAUGGAAAAUGCUUCAUGUAAGGUUAGCUUUUGGAAUAAAAGAUAUAUACAUGUCUGGAGAUUUGCCUUUUACCCUGCAGCGGCUGUCGCGAGGCGAACGCGCCGCACUCUGAGCUCUUUCAGAAGCGACGCGGAGAAAAUGUGCGCGUGUGAAAACAACCUCCUUCGAGCCGGAGUCGAACCAGCGACCUAAGGAUUGCCGCCAUUCCCACUACAGUCCUCCGCUCUACCAACUGAGCUAUCGAAGGCACACUGCCAGGAACACGGACCACAAGCUAUCAGGUGUGUUCUGUGAAGAACCAGACUACAGAUGACGUCAGAGACGUGGUAUAAAAGCAGAGGAGACACAGACACACUCAGAACCUCAGAUCUGCUGCCCUCCUCAGACAUGCUGUGGACUCUCUUGUUCAGCUGCAGCUUUUAUCUGCACACUGCUCUGGUUUCUGCUCAAGGAAUAUCCAGAGAUGGAGAGAUUAUCAAACAGAUUAAAGGCACAAACCAGGAGCUUGCUGAAAUCAAAGAACUACUGAAGCAACAGAUACAGGAAAUUGUUUUCCUGAAGAACACGGUUAUGGAGUGUGAAGCCUGUGGCAUGAGAACAGUAGAUCCACAGCCUUUAUGUGAUCCCAACCCUUGCCACGCUGGUGUGGAGUGCAUUUUGACACCCAGCGGCAUCAAGUGUGGUCCGUGCCCGGAGGGCAUGACAGGAAAUGGAACUCACUGUACUGAUGUUGAUGAGUGUGCUGUAAUGCCAUGUCACAUGGGGGUGAGAUGCAUUAACACAUCACCUGGUUUUCGCUGUGGCCCCUGUCCAGCUGGGUACAUGGGCCCCCAGGUGCAGGGGGUCGGACUCGCCUAUGCUUCUGCCAAUAAGCAGGUCUGCACAGACAAUAACGAGUGUGAGAACUCAAAUGGAGGCUGCGUGGAGAACUCCAACUGCAUCAACACACCAGGCUCUUUUCGUUGUGGUCGCUGUAAGACUGGUUUUGUCGGGGAUCAGGCGAAAGGCUGCAAACCUGAGCGGGCUUGUGGUAAUGGUCAGCCCAAUCCUUGCCAUGCCAGCGCAGAAUGCAUUGUUCACCGUGAUGGACAGAUUGAAUGCGCAUGUGGAGUUGGGUGGGCUGGGAACGGAUACUUAUGUGGAACAGACACUGAUAUUGAUGGCUUUCCUGAUGAAAAGUUGGAAUGUGUGGAAAGAAACUGUGCAAAGGACAAUUGCCUCACCGUUCCAAACUCUGGCCAAGAAGAUGCAGACAAAGAUAACAUCGGCGAUGCAUGUGAUGAAGAUGCAGAUGGAGAUGGGAUCCUAAACACAGAGGACAACUGUGUGCUCGUCCCCAAUGUCAAUCAGAAGAAUAUUGAUCAGGAUGAUUAUGGAGACGCUUGUGAUAAUUGCCGUCUGAUGAAAAACAAUGACCAGAAGGACACAGAUAGUGAUGGUCAGGGUGAUGAAUGUGAUGAUGACAUUGACGGGGAUGGAAUAAAAAAUGAUGAGGAUAACUGCAAAAAGGUGCCAAACCGUGACCAGAAAGAUAGAGAUGGUGAUAGUGUUGGUGAUGCUUGUGACAGCUGUCCCUAUGUCCGCAACCCUGAUCAGAUGGAUGUGGAUAAUGAUUUAAUUGGCGAUCCUUGUGACACCAACAAAGACAGUGAUGGAGAUGGACAUCAGGACUCUCGAGACAACUGUCCUGCAGUUAUCAACAGCUCCCAGCUAGACACAGACAAGGAUGGCAUUGGAGAUGAAUGUGAUGAUGAUGAUGACAACGAUGGCAUUCCUGAUCUCCUUCCACCUGGUCCAGACAACUGUCGUCUGAUUCCAAACCCACUGCAGGAGGACUUUGAUGGUGAUGGGAUUGGAAAUGUUUGUGAGAAUGACUUUGACAAUGACACAUUUAGCGACAACAUUGAUGUUUGUCCUGAGAAUGCUGAGGUCACUCUCACCGACUUCAGAACCUAUCAGACUGUUGUUCUAGAUCCAGAGGGUGAUGCGCAGAUCGAUCCAAACUGGGUGGUGCUUAAUCAGGGAAGAGAGAUUGUUCAGACCAUGAACAGUGACCCUGGACUCGCUGUAGGCUACACGGCGUUUAAUGGUGUGGACUUCGAAGGGACAUUUCAUGUGAAUACUGAGACAGAUGAUGACUAUGCAGGCUUUAUCUUUGGCUAUCAGGACAGCUCAAGCUUCUACGUGGUAAUGUGGAAACAAGUCGAGCAGAUUUACUGGCAAGCUAACCCUUUCCGAGCUGUAGCUGAGCCUGGUAUCCAACUAAAGGCAGUGAAAUCAGACACAGGGCCUGGAGAAAACUUGCGGAAUUCACUCUGGCACACAGGUGACUCAACUAACCAGGUGAAACUCUUGUGGAAAGAUUCCAGGAAUGUUGGCUGGAAAGACAAGACUUCUUACCGCUGGUUCCUGCAGCACAGACCCCAAGAAGGCUAUAUUAGGGUUCGGUUCUAUGAAGGUCAGCAGAUGGUGGCAGACACAGGAAUUAUUAUUGACACAACCAUGAGAGGAGGCAGACUGGGAGUUUUCUGCUUUUCCCAGGAGAACAUCAUCUGGGCCAAUUUGCGCUACAGAUGCAACGAUACAAUCCCAGAGGACUUUGAGACAUUCAGAACCCAGCAAAUCCAGCUUUUUUAAACCAAAACUCAACAGCAGAGUUCUUUUUUUACAAGGUUAAUGUGUGUUUUGAGUUGUAUAUUUCUGUCAUGUGUGUCAUAUUUUAUACUCCAUUUUUUUUUUUUUUUUUUUUACUUUAUGAACAACAGUAGACAAGCCUUCCUCACAACCCCAAAUGAUAGACAGAUACAUUGAUGACUCCGAUUAGCACUGAGGUCACAAACAAGAAUUUAAAUAUAUAUAUAUCUAUAUAUAUAUAUAUAUAUGUAUUUUAAAAACACGUACAGAAAUACAGGUUACAAAAUAUAAAUUAUAUAACAAGAAGGCUCUGAUAUAUGUAGCUGAGACAUCAUGCACAUCCAUAUUUAGCUUUUUUUUUUUUUCUUUCCGAGAAAGGAAAAGGACCAGCAAAAACGACAAAGACGAAAUCAGUUCCUUCUACAAUCAGUUACCACAAAUAGGAGACAAAGAUGAUCACACCAGCACAGCGACUAUAGAAAUGGGCAUCUGGAUAGAUCCAACCCAAUGAAAGCUCUAGACAACCACAAAUUAUAUGUCCUAAUAUACCGUUAAUUCCAAUAAAGAGCAAGCACUGUUUAUGCUCACAAAUUGUAAGAUCA